UUUAAUAUUUUUAUCAUAGGCGUGUCCACGGGAGGUGCAGGGUAUGCACCUGCACCCCCUGCGAUUUCAGGUGGCAGGAACUAAGAUAUUCCUUGGAUUUAAAAAUUGCCUAUUCAUCAAAUUGAAAGGAAGUCCAGAGUUGAACGUGGACCAUUCCAGCCUAAACUUAAGUUGUAUCCAAGGACAAAAUUUGGUAGUACUGUACGUAGUUUCAAUAAAUCAUGGUUUGAUAAUUUUGAAUGGUUGGAAUAUAGUCCUAAAGUCGAUAAAGCAUUUUGCUUUCCAUGUCGACUAUUUAAUUCAUCUGAUGGACUCAAUAAAGGCCAAAUAGAUUUUACAUUUUCACGUCAUGGUUUCAAAAAUUGGAAUAAGGCAACUACAAAGUUUAAAGACCAUCAAAAAUCUUAAUCCUACAUUCAUUCCAUGACUGCAAAAAUAAAUUAUUUAGGUUCUAAUUCAAUAGAUAUUGCAUUAGAUGAGUCAAGAAUUAUAGCCAUUAGUCAGAGAGAAAAAGAACGUUUACAUAAUCGCAGUGUAUUGGUUCGCCUAAUUGACAUCAUGCUAUGUUUAGCUAAAAGUGGUAAACCCUUCCGAGGACACAACAAACAAAAGUCCAGUGUUUGUAAAGGUAUGUUUUUAGACUUUGUAAGUGUUCUUAAAAAGUAUGAUGAAACUUUAAGAAAUCACAUAGAUAAUGGUAAAAAGAAUGUACUAUAUACCAGUAAUUUAAUCCAAAAUGAUUUAUUGAAAUCUAUUAACAAUGUAAUGAAACGUAAAAUUUCAUCAAAAAUAAAAAAUAAACUUAUUUCUGUAUGUGCAGAUGAAACAAGUGAUGUGGGCUAUCGCGAGCAAAUGUUUGUUGUAGUAAGGUUUUUUGAUCCUUUGAAAAAUAAACCAACUGAAAUAUUUAUAGGCUUACAACGUUUACAUUCAGUGGACCCGAGUUCAAUUUUUAACAGUUUAACUGAAAAAAUUAAAGAAAUUAAUGUAGAUUGGAGUUCUGUUUUGGCUGUUUGUUUUGAUGGAGCUGCUACAUUUUCUGGCAAAAAUAAUGGUGUUCAAGCCAAAAUUAAAAUUGAAAAUCCUCAAAUUCAGUAUAUACAUUGUUAUGGUCACUGCCUUAAUCUGGUUUUAGUGGACUCAUUGGGGCAUAAAAAUCGUGUAGUGUUUGAUUUUUUUGGGUGUGUUCAAAUGAUAUUUAGUUUUGUUGAGGGAAGUCCAAUUCGACAUUCUGUAUUAGAAAAAAUAUCUCAACAAACAAAUAAUAAAUUAAAAACAUUAAAAUCGUUAUCGACAACCAGAUGGGCGUGCAGAUCAGAAGCUAUUGAAGCAGUUGAUCAUAAUUAUGAUUCAUUAAUACAGUGUCUUUCAGAAAUAUAUAAGACUACAAAAUUAGCUGAUGUGAGAUUAAAAGCAAAUGGACUUAUCCACAAUCUAAAAAGUUUCAAUUUUAUAUUUGCUUUAACUGUUUUAAAACCUAUUUUGAUUCAAAUUCGCAUAGUUAGUGCAAAGUUGCAAUCACCAGACAUAGACCUCUUAGCUGCCGUAUCAAUUGUUGAAGCACUAAAGAAAUCAUUAACUGACUUAAGAACUGAUGAAGACAACUAUUCAACAUUAUUUGACAAAGUUUUGGACAUUUGUAGUUCACAAAAAAUAGAGAUACCAAAUGUAAAACAAAGAAAAGUGUCUAGUCGAAUUGACAGCAACAAUACUCAACAUUUUAUCUCUGACAAAAAAAUAGAAAUGAAAUGUUUUGUGUACUACACAGUUUUAGAUGACCUUUUAAACGGAUUAGAAGAACGUUUUAGUCAAGAAACACUUUUACUAAUAAGUGCAAUUGGACGUUUAUUACAGUUUAACCUGCAUGAACAUGACUUAAUUUUACUUUCCAAUAGGUUUAACUUAAAUGACAGUGAACUUGAAGCAGAACUCAGAUUGUUAAAAUCGUUACCAGAAUUUGAAAUUGGUAAAACAAGCAAAACUAUUUAUCAGUGGUUAAAUAAUCUGUCCACUAAUAAUUUAUGUAAUAGUUUUCAAAAUUUUUACAAGAUAUUAACUCUUUUUGUAACAAUGCCAGUCACAAGUUGCUCUUGUGAGAGAUCUUUUUCAAAAUUAAGUCUGGUAAAAACAAAGCUGAGAAGUUGUAUGACGCAAGAUCGAUUGGAGUCAACAAUGUUAAUAUUUGUUGAACAGGAAUUGGCAUCUGAAUUAGAUCCAGAAGACAUAAUUGAAGAGUUCAAACAUCUUAACAAUACACAACGGCGACUAGAACUUUAA